GAUCAUUUCUCGCAGCUAUGGAACAUGGGUGUCGUCGUAAUUGUCGUCACCGCGUUCGUGUGCGUGGAUUGGGGUCUGUGCUGCUGCGAAUCGCGCAAAACUCCGCGAUAGGAGUAAUGCGCAAAAAGUGUAAUCGAUGUAAUGUUUUGCGAGGGAUAUAACGAGGUGGGUAGUGAUGUGAGUGUGGUGAUUUUCGGUGAUUUUACAUUGUCGAUUAAUCCACGAAAACUCGAAUCUCGCUGUCAUGACAUCGAGAACGAUUGCGAUACACGUAGAAGCAGAUUUUUGCCUGCGAGAACGGCCUGCGGCACUCUCGCCCAACUUUUCUCCUUUAUCUCUCUAUCACGAUGUGCAAACGAUGACCGAUCGACUGAUCAACGUCAAUGCUACAUCAUGAUCUCUCGAUCGAAUGAUUGCAGUGAAAUGUGGUUAUGAAGCAGAACCGUCUGCUUGUGUCGCAUUCUGUACGCGUGUAUAUUUUCAAUCUUGAAACACUUUAUCUACUUUUAAAAUUUUUCAGAUUUGCUUGUGUAUUUUAAUAUACUUGAGAAACGUCGAGGGUGCAAUCUAAUUGUUUGAAAAGUUUUGCUAUUCAAAAAUAUAUGUUAUAGAUGAUUAAAAGAACAAAUAACUUUCAAUGGAAAAUAUCGAGAAAAAUUUCAACAAGUCUUGUACGGCUUAGUGCUUAUGCGUGUCGCUUCUUUUCUCCCUUAUCAAAUAAUGACACUGAUAGUAAUUUAUAUAUCGUCCUUCUUUUUACAUAAUUUUCUGUUGUCUCUGUUGCGUAGAAUGCCAAUACAGGCACCGCAGUGGACUGAAUUUUUGUCGUGUCCAAUCUGCUGUCACGACUUUGACGCAGCCAUACGAGGACCCAUAUCGCUUGGCUGUGGCCACACUAUAUGUCGUGCUUGUCUCGCCAAUCUGCAUCGUAAACAAUGCCCUUUUGAUCAGAGCGUUAUCAACACCGACAUUGAUAGAUUGCCGGUGAACGAGGCGUUGUUACAACUGCUGGGUAAUCCUAUUCCUGCUGUUGCCUCGUCUGCUUCUGCACUAAGUCAGCAACAAAAUUAUCAGAAGCUUCUGCCGACUGAUCAACAUAGCAAUUAUUUGCGGGCCAAGAAUUGUAUCGAGGAACUCGCUCUUUAUCUUAAACCAUGCCAAAGCACCAACAAUGCAGGUAUUGGGACUGGAGUCGGAGGAUUGGUCUCUCGGCCGAUGCAACGCAAGUUGGUGACAUUGCUGGGCUGUCAACUGGUGGAGCCAGAGGGAAGGGCGCGUGCAUUGCGCGCUGCUCGCAGUCUCGGCGAACGCACUGUCACCGAGCUCAUACUGCAGCAUCAGAAUCCACAGCAGCUCAGCGCUAAUCUCUGGGCGGCUGUACGAGCUCGUGGCUGUCAGUUUCUAGGACCAGCGAUGCAGGAGGAAGUUCUGAAGCUCGUGCUAUUGGCGCUAGAAGAUGGAUCGGCGUUGUCUCGCAAAGUGUUGGUGAUGUUCGUGGUGCAGCGUCUAGAGCCACAUUUUCCACAAGCUAGUAAGACCAGCAUCGGCCACGUAGUACAGCUUCUGUAUCGGGCGAGCUGUUUCAAGGUGUCAAAACGCGAGGGCGAUUCGUCCCUGAUGCAAUUAAAAGAGGAGUUUCGCACUUACGAAGCUCUGAGACGCGAGCACGAUGCGCAGAUUGUGCAGAUCGCUACGGAGGCGGGUUUGCGCAUCGCGCCCGAUCAGUGGUCGGCGCUACUUUAUGGCGACACCGCUCACAAAUCGCACAUGCAGAGCAUCAUUGAUAAAUUGCAGACACCGCAGUCGUUCGCUCAGAGUGUGCAAGAACUCGUGAUAGCGUUACAACGGACGCCUGAUCCUGGACAAUUGAGCGGUCUCAGGCCACAACUGGAGCUAUUGGCCACCAUCGAUCCCAGCCCAGAAACGGAACCACCGAGCCUGACUGAAUGUCGAGCGGCCCUGGAGGCUGUUAGAAUAGUGGUAGCUACGCUGGUGGAUUUUGUGCGACAACACGGCAGCGGUAGCGGCGGGGGCGGCGGCGGCGGCGGCGGCGGCGGUGGGAGUGGCGGCGGCGGUGGCGGCGGCGGGAAUAGGAAGUCAACGGCGCAGGAUGGUGGUGGCAGUGGACCUGGUGGAAAUUUGAAUCCAAGCAUGACGACCGGCAAGUACAAAGUUAGCAUGUGCAGGGAUCUGGCCCUGCGUGGAAUCUGUCCACGAUCUAGCAACUGCACCUUUGCUCACAGCGAUACCGAACUUGAUAAAUACAGAUCGAAAAAUCGUAAGAUGAGCAUCAGAACAAGUGCAAGUCAGACGGAAAAGGGCGAAAAGAAUAACAAGUCCUUCAGCAAGCAAAAUGAUGAUUUGACGGCAUAUCAUCCUGCAAAGGCACAUGACAGAGAAAUUACUUCAACGGUUCAGCAUCCAACGGCCAUUUCGACUAAUUUGGAAAAUAAUUUGAUUGACUCACUGACAUCGAACUACAUGCUGUCUCCUGUGUCCUCCCAAAAAUUGUCCCACAUCGGCCUGUGCUCCAUGAAAGGCGCUAUGGUGGAAGGCGGGGCAGCUCCGACCAUUCAUUGCCCUGGGCAUUACAUAAUGCCGCCAGGACCUAUCGCCACCGUCGAUUACGGACCGACAGCCGCGACUAAUUUGGGAGUAUGGGACCCUCCACAAAUCGUACCAGUGGGCCACAUGACAAACGACAAAAAACAACGAACAACAACGAUGCCAAAAACUGUGUUGGCGAUGCUGUUACAACGCAAGAUGGAAAUUCUAAAUCAGCUGGAAGCGAUGAUCGGCAAGCAACAGCAGCAGUUGAUGUCACCACAGGUGAAGACUGGUAGCGACUUGUCAUUGAUGACAUCUAACAAUUAUUCCAUAUGGACUACUGCAAACAGCUUUCGUUGCCCUCCCGGAACGGAUCCGCCGUCACCAGCACCACCGCCACCGCCACCGCCACCACCGCUUUCGCAUCUGCUCGAUGAUGACGGACUCUUUGUGCCUAUAGAUGUAUCACUGGAUAACAAAGAGGAAUCAAAACUGGCGAAAACUUUAAUAAGAUCUCCUUGCAACGGAGCCCUAUCGCAUCCUGUAAGUUCUUACAACGAGAGACUUGGAUGCACUCCUGCCCCAGUGCAAUCCACUGCAUUUAAAACUCCAAACUCCAUUACAUCCUGGUAUUAUGGUAAUCAACCGUACACGACAGUCGACGCCAGUGUACAAUCAAUGAAUCCUGGUAAUGAUGGUUUCACUAACGAUAGUUAUGUUACUCUUGGCUGUGAUGCCACGUCAGAAUUGCAGCCACGUCUUUCAAGACCGGAAUGCAUGUCGAAAGACUUAAUCCUCGAGUCGCAGAGAGUGAAGCAACACCUUAGACAUCUUGAGAAGGAAAUCAUUGACCUAAAGUUUCAGUUAGCGACGCAAGGUACCGCUGCUUUUUUCACGGGUGAGCGAUUCGCACAAGAAUUACGUAUGAUGGAAGGUAUUAAGGAGAGAGAGAGAGACGCGCAAAAUUGGAGUAAUCCCUAUGGGACCGGCACUACCACUCUUCCUUGGAUCCAUUCUUCUACCAAUUGGCCGUCCAAUCAAGAAUACAAUCAAGAUUACAAAACCAAAGAGCAGGACACAUACGAGGCAGGAAUCGCAAACGACAUGCGCGAGUUAGAACUGCGUUGGGAAUUUGAAUUACGCGAGCAUGAAAAGCAUUGGUCCAGUGGAGGAGGGGAAGACACCAUCACCACAACCCCGAAAAAUAUGUAACAGGACGCUAAUUACGUAUUCUACUUUUCUACCGCUCCUCUUUCCCUUCUCCGUCCGCUCCUGACAAUGAUGAGGAUAUGUAUCUUUACAUAUGGACAUUAAUCCUUGUAUCUCCUGUAAUUAAUACCAGGAAAAGGUGAGUAUAAUAGAAUAGUGCUCUUUCUACGAAAAGAUAACUUAUGCAAAUACGUGCAACGUAGAUGUGGAAACCUAUUCACGUGAGAUCAGUCUGCGAUUAUCUCACUAUUUCGUAGAACGUCAUAUAAUGAAACUAUAGAAACAACAUUUAUUUUUGCAAUAUCUAUCGAUAAUCUUCAAGUUAACGUCAUAAUCAAUAAUCGAGAUAAACUCGUAAGUUUUUCAUUGAUAAAAUUAGAUAACGUUGAGCGCUUGAAUCGUGUUUCGAUUAACGCGUAUGUCUGUAAAAAAGAAAAGCCAGACAAGACCUGACCUGAUUCACAUUUACGUGAAUCGGGAAGAUAACGUAAUCGUUUAUUCGACGUACUAGUCCCAUUACGUGAUCUUUCCUCCUCUCUUCAAUUUUCUUUUCGUCAAGUAAAGAGAAAACUGAGGUGAAGAGGCAAAGCGGCCAGAUUUGUGCAAAAGGGUAGAUUCACACGAGACCUAUUAAAAUUUAACAAUACAUGGUCAGUGUUUUAUAAACAAUGACUUGCCAGGGAGUGGACACAUAGAAGAAGAGAGGAAGAACCGCAUGUUAAUUAAAUAUAUAUAUAUAAUUAACCGAUAUAUUUAAUUGCAUUCGAAUCGUGUAUUCUCUACCGACGAUGUAGCAUUACAUUUGGAAAGAAUGCUACUCAUAUUUUGACCUGAUCGACAAGGUUACUCCAUUUCUUACGAUGAUAAUAAUGAUCGUAAUAAUACGCGUAAUAAUACAUUAUUACGCAUAUAAUAUAAUAUAUACAUAUAUUGCAGAGAUACAUAUUAUAUGUGCUAAAAAACAAUCGCGUUCCUUUUGGAGGACGCUCUGUAUGUGUAGAAUUUCUAUUCCGAAGACGGAAAAACAAAAGGAACCACCAUCUCGACCUCGGCGACGAUUUCCUCUGCAUCACCUUUUUACUGACACGUUUAAUCAAUUUCUUUAAGAAUUAAAUCUCAAAUAAAAAAUGUAAUAUUGGAUAAUUUAAGAUUCCGUUUCUUGUUACAAUAAUAUCAGUUUGUCAAGUAUAGGAAAUCAUAAGAAAUGAAUUUGCUAAUAUUAUUAUUAGCCGAUUAGUCGAAUUAGAUCUCAUAGGCGCCAUUCGUAUUGUGGGCGCGUGCAACAUAAUUAUCCAUAUAUGUUUAUUGUAUCAAAUUCUUAAAAUUAACGGAACAUCGUGUAUCUCUCUCGAAAAAGGCAUAUUGAGAAUGUCGUCUUCGAGGAAGCAGAUAGAUUUGGUUGUUCCUUUCAAUAGAUCGCUGCAACAGCAAUACGAAUAUCCUCUUUCUAUUUUUAUCUUUUUUUUUCUAUUUUUACGGAAUAACGACAAACGAUGAUACAGCUCCAGUUUUAGUGGAAGCAACAUUUUGAUAUAGGUGGGAUCACAUCGAUCCUAGUCGUUGUAAACUCUUCGGAAGACUUGAAUGCGUGUUCGAACGCUGGAGGAGCUGUCUUCCUUCUCCUUUUUUUUUAUAUAGUAGAAAAGAUUCCCUCGAAAGACCCUCGUCUUUCUUUUCUCUCUUGUUGUGCACAUAUGUUCGUGCAUCGUUGCAAUUCUAUUUUUGUUUUAAAUACUGAAAAUAAUUAAAGCUAAUAGGUAGGAAGAUGACGAACAUUUUUAUAUUUCCCGUGAAAACUAAAAAACUAAUGCGUCAAACUUCUUUUAAAUUUAAUGCCUAUCUUUGGCAUGUAAUGAAUACGUAAUGAAUACGUAAAUACGCAAUAAUUUUACGUAAUAUUAAUAUCGCGCGCGAAAAACAUUCAAAAAUCUAUUAUUAUUAUUAUACAGCAACUUUGCAAUUCGGUCAAUACUAUUUUAUUAUUAACUAAAUUUUUAUUACUUGACACGUGAUUAUUGUUGUUGAUUUUUAUUAAGAAUGGAAUCAUUGAAAGGUGGAUUGUUUUGUAUAAUAAUAAUAAUAAUGCAAAAUUAUAAAAAAAUAUCGAUUAAUCGGCGCAGAAUCUUUAAGACGUAACUAGUUUAGAUAAAAGGAAUUGGUGCAAUUUUCAUUUGUUUUUGUUUGUUACAUUUACGUUAUUACAUGCAAUAAUAAUGGAAAUAAGAUUUUUAUUGGGAACUUUAUUAUAGAUUGUUUCAUAUAUAUUCUUUCUAUUGCUGAUUUCGUAUGCGCGAUAUAUAAUAAUUAUAUAACGGGUGGGAUUAUAUAAAAUAAAGGAAAGAAUUAUUAAAAAGUAUCUUGCUCUAACAGCAAGUAAAAUUAGUCAUUUAAAUAUACAUUUUCACAAUUUUUUUUAAUAAAGAGAGUUGAAAUAUGUAUAAUAUCAUACGCGCGAGGAGUAGAGAAGAGGGGAGAGAGGGAGAGAGAGUGCGUAAAAGAAAUAAUUGUCUUUAUUAGAGAAAAUGUUGAAAAACAUUAUUCAUUUAAAAGAAUAAUCUUUUUAUUUAAGGAAUAAUCUUGUAAGGAAAAAAUUUUACUUUUCGCAGAGGGAGAAAUUAUUAAAUAAGAAAGAUCAAUGGAAGAUUGCAAAUUAUUGAAAGUAUCCUGUUUAGCAAAAUAAUUUUAUAUUGGAGCAAAUUUUUUGGGUAUAGAAAUAUCUAUGUUAUAAAAAAUUACAUUCUUCAUAGAAAAUUUAUAUAUUUCUUUGGUAGGGAAAGGUUUAUAUCAUAAGACAUUAUGUCAUUGUAUUAUAUUGUAAGAUAAUAUGCAUAAGAUAUCCCACUUAUCACGAACAUCUUGAAUAUCUUCAUUAUUUUUGAAGAUAUGACAAAAUGUCUCUCAGGGAAAGAUCGCAACAAUUUCAAAAAUACGAUGCUAGACAAAAAAUUAUCCGCGAAAUCAUUUUCAAGAUUGUUUCAAGAUCAUUGACGCUGAUGUUUUUAAACGAUGAUGAAAAUGUGCUGACAGUUGUGCUGGCACAUUACGUAACAGUGUAAUAAUUCUGUUAUGUUCUAGCGCAGGCAACAGUUAUCGUUCUGCUAUGCAACAAUGUGCCAUCACAACCGCAUUUAUUUGCUUUAGUUUGCUUUCUAGCAACUAAACGAGACAUUAUCGGGCCUAUAUUCAUAUAGACUCUUUCCUUCUUUAACCUGUGUAACAAGCCUCUGCAAUGUGACAAUUUCUUAAAAAAGAAAACAAUACGCUGUAUAUACG